GAAUGCUUGAAUAUACCUUUCUUGCAACAAUGCCACUUGGUGUUUUCAGCAUGUACUUUGAUCAUCUGGGAAUUUUAAGUCAUAUAAGUUUUAAUAGCACAUCUGAAGAUGGUUUGUCAGUUUCUGUGCUGGACAUGCCCACUUUAAUGAAGGUGAACUAUAGACCACCAUCUGUAAUGGGAAUUGCUGUUCCACUCACAGAUAAUUUUUAUAAUGCAGAUCCAAGUAAACCUAGAAUGAGAAAUUAUUUUGAAGGAUCAAAAGCCUCUGGAAAGUACAAACAAUGUGCUAACAAAUCAAGCCGAGCCCAGUGCAAAUGUGCUGAUCAUAUGAAACUGUCAUUUUCUGUUGCCUUUUCAGAUUGUAAAGAGAAGGCUCUGCGGAUGAAAUUUCCAGUAAAGGACCUUCCUCUCUAUUUUGUUGUGGAAGAUGAGGGUUAUCUUGUUAAUCUGACAUCUCCUUAUUUUAUUACCAUACAUGAAGUAAACAAUCGGACAAACUGGGUAAUUUCAGGUACCAACAAAACAUUAAGUUUGACAAAACUAAGGAUGUACUUGGAGAAGCAGGUCAAAACCAAGUUGUAUAAUCCAGAUGGGCUAACUAUAUCAAUAACUGGAUCUGAACUUUUCCAUUUUAGAGUAUCCACUAUUCCUGGAGUCUCCUUUUGCAAUUUAUUUGAUGAAUUUCAGAUUUAUGUUGAUGAUGCACCAUUGGCUUUUCCAGGACAGUACCUCAUCAGUACAAUUGUAGCUGUGUUAGUAGGAGGGAUUCUCUUUGCGGCUUUUCUUCUGCACAACUAUGAAAUCCAGAUAAUAAAUUUUUUUAAAAGGAAAAAAAUCAGAAACAAAGUAGAAUCAAAAACUUCAGUUACCAGUAAAGAAUCAUCUGAGAGCAACAAAUCAUAAUUGUCAAUUAU